AGGUUUUUCGGAUACAGCUAACGGAGAGCAGAGUGGUUGAAGUCGGGAAUAUACUUCGCUUGUGUUUUGACGCAGAUUAACUCAACAAACGGUUUUGACGGUGGAUUUUCAUGCGAUUUCAACGACGUUUUGGAGAAUAUCAGCUACUGUUAAGAAGGAGAACGUGAUAAGAAACGGAAGGAAGGUUCUGGAAAAACUCCCGUCGCGUCUUGUUUACUUUACGUGGUUCUACGUUUAAACUGUUUCUUUUGUGCCACCAUUAUUAUUAUUAUUAUUAUUAUUAUUAUUAUUAUUAUUUAUUUUUAUUUUUUAUUAUUGUUAUUUUUUUCCUACAAGAUAUUAACGUUAUUGGUCUAUAAACGUCGGAUAUUUCUGCAUCUUUUAAUUCAGAUGUUUGAGGAUGAGUUCUUGAAAACUUUCUGGCUUCUCUAAAGUAUAUGAAUAUUUCUCCGUUUAUGGAUUUUUUGGAGGAAAUGCGUUUAUAAUGUCGUCCCCUGAAGUGCAAUGGCAUUAAAGGAGGCGUUUGGUUUGAGCACAACUUCAACAUAAACAACUAGAGGACUGUCACACCCUAGAAAAUGUGAAAGCCUGAUUAAGGAGUCGUUCACCACAUUUGUCGUGCACCUAUAGCAAUGGAGAGGAGCAAGCGAAACUCCAUUGCGGGGUUUCCCAGGCGGACCGAUCGGCGGGAGGACCUGGAUGGAGGCGUGUACGAAGCAGAGACAAACCCCGCCCAACUGGACAGGUUGUGUCCUUCUUCCUACCGUGCCCUCAUCAGUGCCUUCUCCUGCCUGACGCGCCUCGACGAUUUUGUAUGCGAACGCAUCGGCUCUGGCUUCUUCUCAGAGGUCUACAAGGUGCGUCACAGAGCCUCAGACCAGGUGAUGGCUCUGAAGAUGAACAAACUGAGCAGUAACCGAGCUAACAUGCUUCGAGAAGUGCAACUUAUGAACAGACUCUCGCAUCCCAACAUCCUCAGGUUCAUGGGUGUUUGUGUGCAGGAAGGUCAGCUCCAUGCUCUCACAGAGUACAUCAAUGGCGGAAACUUGGAGCAGCUGCUGGACAGCAACAAGUACCUGAGCUGGACCACUCGUGUCAAAAUUGCGUCAGAUAUCGCCAUGGGUCUGGCCUACCUGCACUCCAAGGGCAUCUUUCACAGAGACCUCACCUCUAAGAACUGCCUGAUUAAAUCAGAUGAAAACAGUUACACCGGCAUUGUUGGAGAUUUUGGGCUUGCAGAAAAAAUCCCCACUCAUGAGGUCGAUGGCGAGAAGCUGUCGGUCGUGGGUUCUCCAUUCUGGAUGGCUCCGGAAGUUCUGCGAGACGAACCAUACAACGAAAAGGCCGACGUUUUCUCCUACGGCAUCAUCCUGUGUGAGAUCAUCGCCAGGAUCCAGGCCGAUCCCGACUACCUGCCUCGCACCGAAAACUUUGGCUUGGAUUAUCACGCGUUCCAGCACAUGGUCGGUGACUGUCCUCCUGACUUCCUGCAGCUCGCCUUUAACAGCUGCAACAUGGACCCAAAACUCAGGCCUUCGUUCCCGGAUAUCGUUAAAAGGCUGGAAGACAUCCAGCGGCGUCUGAAAGCUGAAGAUGGAGAAAGGGAGAGGAUCCAUAUACCAGCCGAGAUCGAUAAAAAGAGCAUUGCUAAAGGUGAUAAGUUCCAAGGUAUAAAGCGGCUGAAUCCUCUGGGUUUACAGGACGAUAAGAUCCCACCCAAGUCUCCUCGUCCACGACGCAACAUCUGGCUCUCGCGCAGCCAGUCGGAUAUCUUUUCGCGCAAACCAGGACGCAAGGUCAACGUCCAGGACCCUUACUACAACCCCGGACCACGAGGAAUCGCCAAGGUCAACCCCUUCAGUGCUCGUGAGGACCUCAAGGGUGGUAAGAUUAAGUUCUUUGACGUGCCCAGCAAGUCGGUGUUCUCGCUCAUGUUUGACUUGCACUCGCCACGAGGAAGCGUGAGUUCGUACCAGCCUCAGAGCAACGCCGGCAGCUCGUGGCCUGAACUGUGGCUGCUGCCAGGACGACAGUGCCACUCCCUGCCCGUGUCUCCACAGCAGGCGCUGUGUGAAGCCUUCAGUGCAGCCAGAAGCGAGGGCGGAGACAUUCGGCCAAAAGCCCUCAGUGGCUGGGCGAAGAAAUAUGCCGUGUCCGAGAUCCCGCCAUACAGACCCCGAGAGUCUUCCAAAACGAGGGCGGAGUCGGACGAGAGUUCGGCUGAGACAGAGGAAGCCAUGGACUGCUCGAGUAGCAGAGGCAGCGCCGAUGAUGACAAUGACAAGGAGCGAUACCAGCUGCCCAACGGAAACGGAGAGGACAUGGAAGCCGAGGAUGAAGAGAAAGCAUCCAGCUUGUUCUCCCUGACCGGCAGGAACCCGCUCCCUCUGAGCACUCCGGCCGAACCCCAGGAACUGUGCUCCAUUGUUCUCGCUCCCUGCCGCGCGUCUGCGUCACCUGACCUACUGUCCCGAUGCGACAUCUGAGAAGACGCACAUCAUCGCGUUAUUUUACACUUAACACAGCGGGGUGUUUUGAACCAGAUCAUUACCUGAAAAUAAUAAACACGCAGCGCUCACACAGACGGAGAUCAAAUGAAUGUAUUUUUACGAGCACUAUGUUUAUCUUAAUCUGACAAAACACUUUCUUUGACUCGAAAUCGAUAUUUUUGGGAAUCGUAAAAGUUAGAAUUAGCAGAAUUGUGAAUUUGUGUUUGUUUUUUUUCAGGUAUUUAAACGUUAUUACAGCUAUUCACAUAAUUUUGCACUGUAUGCAUCUCCUCUUAAUUAGCACAAUAUGAUCGCUGGAAGAGAUAAACAUUCCGUAUGCGCAGUUCACCUGGGUUCAAACGAGUGUUACUCCUGCACAGAUAAAACGCUUACCCUAAUAAACAGCGUCCAUGUCUGUAACUACUUAAAAAUGUGUAUCUUGCACUUGAAUCGAGAAACUCGAUGGGUUAAUAAUAUUUUUAAUGUUUUGUUGGAUACGUCACUACAUUUCUAUGCAAUAAGUCUAACCGAAGCAGACUAGUUUUAUAGUAAUAUAGAGAGAAGCUCUAUUUUGAUAUUUAUAAGGAAGAAGAAAAAAAAGAGUUUUACUAUGUCUUACUUUCCCUGCUGGUCAACUGUGUAAAGCUUAUUAUUAAUACAGUUCGAUGAGCAAAAACGUAUAAAAAAAAGAUUUAAAAAAUGUAAAAUACAUGUCGUGGCGUCUCGACGUGUUUCGUCCUGGCUGUUUUACUCAUCGUACAGGUUUGUAACUGAUGUUCAGAGAUGUAUAAUUUCUACCAAAGACAGAUCAGGACCUUCUUUAUUUUGUUUAUGGCUUAAAGUUUUUUUUUUUUAAGGUUCAAGUGCAUGUUUGUAUAUUCAGUUGUUUAAAAAGAAUAAUAAAUGAUUUGCUUUUGUGUCGUUUAAACCUGAGGGAAUGAUUCUGGAUGCAACGUGUGAGUUUUCUUUGUGAUAAAUUUCCAGUGACUUUCUGUAUGAAACUCUACCUUUGUAUAAGAUAAAAGCUCACUACUUUGCAGCUGUCUGCUUGGUCAAGCCCCUUCAAUGCAUCACAGUAAAGGGGGGAGGGGCUAAAUAGAAAUGCUCCACAAAAUGUGUGUGAAACCUGAGAUUAUGUGCUGCAUGAAAAGCUAAGCAAGAAACGGUUCACAUUUUUAUAUAAAAUCAGAAAGCUUUAUUACCAAAACAUAAUUAAUCACAAAGGCGAGUUCCCGUCUGCUUUGGGCAAGCGUUUUCUCCAGAUGUGCUCCAUCUUGGUGACGUGAGCUCUGGAGGACUUAGAGAAGGUGCUCUUUGCUACGUGAAGCGGCACGCUCUUGCCGCUCAGAUACAGCUUGUUGGCGCAGACAGGAAUCCAGGAUUCGGGUCCCUCGUCAUUCUGGAUGGUUGCGAAGGCGAAAAUGUAUCCGGUCAUGAAAGCGUCGAAGCCGGCUCGGUGCGUUCCUCCUUCUGCCUUCCUCUCGCUGGUUUUAGGAGCCUGGUCUCUAGCAUCAGGUGCUGCUUUGUGCAUUUGUGUGGAGUCGCAUUCGUUUUUUCGGGGUUCAGUGUGAGACUCUGCAGCCGAAGCUACGUCGCUUGGCUUCUCUUCGACGUGAGCUGUAAAUGUCCCGAGAAUCUUUUUGCCAUCCUCAUCCUCCAUGUGAGCUUUCUUAUCCAGUGGCAUCUCAUCGUUCUCCUCUUCUCCCUCCUGCUUUGCAGCUUUCUUCUUCUUCCUGCGCUUCCUUUUCUGCCGCUUGUCCUCUUUGCAUUUCUCAUCUUGCCGGAUGAUGAGGUCUGUGUCGUGGGACAUGGGGCAGUGAGAGCCGCUGGGGCACCAUCCGUAAGCCUGCCGUAACAAACACGACUUCAGGAAAUACACAGAGGAGCAUUUUACACAGGAAAUGUAGUUGUUAAAGAUCCUAAUACGCACAAACAAGAGUUUUUUGAGUCUCCUUAUAUCUGUGUUAAACUGUACAGUUUAAAGCAAUUAUUUAUUUGUACAUCAAAAUAAACACUUUUUCAAUCUUUUUUCAAACAA